AUAGGUCUUCUGUUCUUCAAUCUCGCUCUCCCUGUGUAUAUGAUAUAUCUGCCUGCCUCUCUUAUCUGCUCACUUGCUGGGUUUCUCUCCCCCGAAUCCAUAACAUUUUCCACAGAGCUGGCUUCGACAUCUUCAAUCCCUUCGGGCCCUGGAGCUCAUCUCCCAACCUCAUGGAGAACAAAAAAUGUCAAACCAAAUCCAAAUUUCCGCAAAAAUCCAAACACUCUCUUCCUUCUAACCCCGAACAUUCAGAAAACCUUACAAAAAUUCCCACUUUCCUCUUCUUCCUUCCCUUACAAUCUAAAGAUACCUUCAAUAAACACUUCGACUUCAAUUCAUUUGCACCCCUUGUCAGACUCAACUGAUGAAAAUUUUGUCCAAAGUCUCGAAGAUUUAGCCAAUUUGCAGACAGUCACUAAUGGGUUCCACCAAAUUGCAGCCCCAGAAUCGAUUCGGAGAGUGUUCAUUCAGGACCCACCUUGGAUUACUUCAUUUUUUAUGAAGAGUUUGUACAAGAGGACUAAACAAGGGUUGAAGAUAGGAUAUAAAGAAAACGAUAGGCGGAAGUAUAAUUUGCUGAGAAGGAGGCAGAUUAGGGCAGAGACUGAAGCUUGGGAUAAAAUGGUGGAGGAGUAUAGAGAAUUAGUGAGGGUGAUGUGUGAAAAAAAGUUGGCACCCAAUUUGCCUUAUGUGAAGAAAUUGUUUUUGGGUUGGUUUGAGCCGUUAAGGGAAGCGAUUAGAAAGGAACAGGAAGCGCAGCAGACAAAGAAGCAUAAGGCAGCAUACGCGCCACACAUUGAUUUGUUGCCCGCGGAUAAGAUUGCAGUUAUUGUCAUGCAUAAGAUGAUGGGAUUGUUGAUGAUGGGACAGGAAAACAGAUGUGUUCGAGUGGUUCAAGCUGCGGUUCAGAUUGGGGUGGCCAUUGAGCAGGAGGUUAGGAUUCAUAGUUUCUUGGAGAAAAGUAAGAAAUGCCAAAGAAAGAAGAUUGUGGCUCAAACUCAAGAGGGUUCAGGUAAGGAGACAGAGAUACUAAGGAAACGUGUCCAAAGUUUGAUCAGAAGGCAAAGAGUACUUGAGGUGCAAAAACUGGUGAAAGAUGAAGAAAUUAAGCCUUGGGGUCGAGAUAAGCAGGCUAAGCUGGGAUGUCGUCUGAUAGAAUUAUUGACAGAAACAGCUUAUGUAUAUUCUCCAGUUAACCAGUCCGCAGACUGUCCACCUGAUAUACGACCUGCCUUUAGGCACCUAUUCAAAAUUGCACCAAAGGAUGCAAGACAGAAAGUUGUGAAGAGGUAUGGAGUUAUAGAAUGUGACCCCCUAGUCUUCACAGGACUUGAUAGAACUGCUAGACAUAUGAUAAUUCCAUACAUGCCAAUGUUGGUGCCUCCAAAGAAAUGGAAAGGGUAUGACAAAGGUGGCUACUUUUUCUUACCUUCUUAUCUCAUGCGCACUCAUGGAUCGAAGCAUCAACAAGAUGCUGUUAAGAGUGUUCCAGUCAAACAAAUGCAGAAAGUAUAUGAGGCCCUUUCUACACUAGGAAACACCAAAUGGAGAGUAAACAGAAGAGUACUUAGUGUGGUGGAGAGCAUUUGGGCUGGAGGUGGCAGCAUUGCAGGCCUGGUUGAUCGCAAAGAUGUUCCAAUACCAGAGAAGCCACAGUCAGAUAAUUUGUUAGAAAUCAAAAAAUGGAAAUGGAGUGUAAGCAAGGCAAAGAAAAUUAACCAAGAGAUGCAUUCUCAACGAUGUGACACCGAACUUAAGCUUUCCGUGGCUCGGAAAAUGAAAGAUGAGGAAGGCUUUUACUAUCCGCACAAUCUUGAUUUCCGAGGCCGCGCUUACCCUAUGCAUCCGCAUUUGAAUCAUUUGAGCUCUGAUCUCUGUCGAGGAGUUCUUGAGUUUGCUGAAGGACGGCCAUUGGGCAAGUCUGGGUUGUGUUGGCUGAAGAUUCAUUUAGCAAAUCUGUAUGCAGGCGGUGUUGAAAAGCUUUCAUAUGAUGGGCGCCUAUCAUUUGUAGAUAACCAUCUGGAUGAAGUACUGGAUUCAGCCCACAACCCUCUUCAUGGAAACCGCUGGUGGUUGAUGGCUGAAGAUCCUUUUCAGUGCUUAGCAGCUUGUAUAAAUCUAUCAGAAGCCUUACAAAGCUCAAUGCCUCAUACUGUCAUCUCCCAUCUGCCAAUUCAUCAGGAUGGUUCAUGCAAUGGUCUACAGCACUAUGCAGCCCUUGGAAGAGAUAGUUUUGAAGGUGCUGCAGUCAACUUAGUUGCGGGAGAUAAACCUGCUGAUGUUUACUCUGAAAUUGCUGCAAGAGUUCACAAUAUCAUGGAAAGGGACAGUAACAAGGACCCUGCAACUAAUCCACAUGCUUUGCUAGCCAAGCUCUUAAUUGGUCAGGUUGAUAGGAAACUGGUUAAACAGACAGUCAUGACUUCAGUUUAUGGUGUUACUUAUGUUGGAGCACGGGAGCAGAUCAAAAGAAGAUUAGAGGAGAAGGGUCAUAUUACUGAUGAUAGGCUGCUAUUCAAUGCAGCUUGCUAUGCUGCCAAAGUGACAUUGGCCGCCCUUGGAGAGAUAUUUCAAGCUGCACGUGCCAUAAUGGGUUGGCUUGGCGACUGUGCAAAGGUUAUUGCUUCAGAAAAUCAACCCGUUCGGUGGACAACUCCUCUAGGUCUUCCUGUUGUGCAGCCCUACUUUAAAACUGAACGGCAUGUUAUUAAAACUUCUCUUCAGGUAUUGGCUUUGCAGCGAGAGGGUGACUCGGUCGUGGUCAAAAAGCAGAGAACAGCGUUUCCACCAAAUUUUGUACACUCACUUGAUGGCUCACACAUGAUGAUGACUGCUAUUGCUUGCAGGGAUGCUGGAUUACACUUUGCAGGGGUGCAUGAUUCCUUCUGGACACAUGCAUGCGACGUCGAGGAGAUGAAUCAGAUACUUAGGGAGAAAUUUGUGGAGUUAUACAGCAAGCCAAUACUUGAAAAUUUGCUUGAAAGCUUCCAGACAUCAUAUCCAGCUUUGACGUUUCCUUCCCUCCCAGAUAGAGGUGAUUUUGACUUGCAAGAAGUUAUAGAUUCUCCAUACUUUUUCAACUGACCUUCCAUGUACCAGCAAUGUCUGUUGCCAAAGUGUAAUAAUUUUUAGACCCCUAGUGGAUCAUGGAGUUGGCUGAAGUUGGCCCGUGGGAUGAAGGUCCUAAAAGUUUGAGAUGACAUUUAUUGUGUGUCAUGAAAGCUCAGGUUUGCUAUGUGAAGGCCAGGCAAAAGGCACUAAAAUUGAAUGCUGCUGGUCUUUCCCGCAAGUCUACAGUCCUGGAAAUGGAGGGAGUUGAAAAUUGUUAUGUUAAGUAAGAUAAACAGAGGAAGGCUUUUUCCUAGAUUGCAGAUUGAGGCCUGGUUGAUUAUCUGGGCCACACGCCAAAGGAAUUUCAUCCUUGUACCUGAAAUGGAAUUUCAGAAUGUUGAAAUAUUCUAUUUCAUGGUUUAUUGAUUGCCGGAUGCAGAGAUAGCGACAGAAGUCAAAAGUUUAUAUCUCUCCUUUGUUUUCUACUACAGGAGUUGAUCAUCACGGAGUUCAUUACUGGUGGUUCUGAUUCUUCAUGGUGAUAAAUUAGAUAUUUAGUCUGGGUUAAUGAUGAUCGAGAUUCGUUCUGUAUAUUUUGUAUUUGUAUGAAAAUAGAGAAAAGGUAAUUUGUACAAGGAAAGAUGGUAGUACCUUAAAUCCUGUAAUUUACACAUGCCAAUUGGCUAGUUCAUGUUAAAUAAAAUUCAAAUGGAAUUUUUUGCAUUC